UUAUAAAUUCAAACUUUGUUCUUUCUUAAUAGAAAUUUUACGUCGCUCUCGAGGUAUUUUCGUUGGUGAUAUAAGAAAUAAUAUAUUCAUAAAUUUCCAUUGUUACGGCGUAGCUGGCAAAAGAGACAAAUUAGGAAUGCAUGUCUUUUUCAUCCUGUUUGUAAUAAUUAUUCCCUUUGCUGAUGUAUAUUCAUCGAGUAUUGAAAAAACAGUCAUGGAAUAUUUUAUGAGUGAUACGGUUAGAUCAUUCAAGAAGACUUGGGAAGUAUAUAGAAAAUCUCACGAGUCCGCAAUAAACUUGAUGCUGAAAGAAAAUUAUGGCAACAACAAAGGAGUGAAUAUUUUUAAGAAAAUAACGAAGGACACUAAAUUGCUCUCAAAAGGAUUUUACUUCUCGGAUAAUGCCGUCGACGUGGUUUUACAGGAUCUGUAUUUAUUGGAGAUGCCACAUAUGUUGAUGUCAGAAACGGCAUUUUCCCUAGAUUCUAACGUAUUGUAUGUGGAAACAAAGCUCAGUAAGAUGAUAGUGGAGGCUACAUAUAUUUUGUUUAGGAAUGAGUCGGCUGUGGCAUACGGGGAUAAGGAUGCUUCAAAUGUUUCUCCGUUCGCCUUACAACAAGUACAGAGAACGGGAGAGAUAGUUUUAUUAGUUGAAGGCUGCGUUUUGUCUGGGUUGGUAAUAGCAAGACUGAUGGGCCAGUCAGUCAACUUGGGAAGCGAGUCAUUCAAAUUGACUGAGUGCAGAUUCAACAUUGAGAUAACUUCACCAGGACUAGGAGCACCGCCCAUUAUAUCACCAUAUUUUUCAAAGGAACAAGCUUCCCAACUGGGGCAUCUCAUAAUGAGGCCGCUACGUGACGAAUUAAUGCCCAAGUUGCAGGGUGCGAUUUUCACCUACAUCAACACAACAUCUGUCUUUCAAACAGACUUACCCAAGUUUCGGCAUGCUCAAGAAUGUAUAUUUAAACGAACGCAAGUGUAUAUAAGCGAUGUGGUUAAGAGACUUAACAAGUUGACGGUUGAAUAUGGUAAAGAUUAUUUACAAAUGGAUGACUUACUAAUUAAAUGGAAUGAGUUGAGAAAUAGAAAACAGUAUAAAACAGAAAUAUUAUUGGCAAAUAUGACAUUGAGUGGCUUGGAGACACUGUAUUCAGUUCAGACUGGAGGUCCCUACAGGUUAGACUCGGUGCGAAUAGAUGAAACGCUACGUUAUAAUUCUAUCCAGGUUAGAGGGAAACUUUAUAUAGACAGCGAAGAAGAUAAUGGACAAUAUGGUUUUGCUGCUGAACUAUUAGAUGUCGCUGUUCGUCUAACAAUUAAUGUAGCCACUGAAAAUGGCAGACCAAAAGAAGAAUUGAACGUUAAAACGUUAAGAGCUUCUAAAGCGGUACACAAUUUUGAAUUUGAAAGUUGGAGGGAAAUAGAAUUAAAUCAUUUUAAUCUAAAUUCAGUUGCUUCGCGUGCACUUAUAUCAGGAUAUCUUCUCAAUGAGGUAUCGAAGUGUGUAAUUAUUCACUUGUCUAAAAUGUUCAUUGAAGUUAUUGGUAGUACAACGAUAAAUAAGAAACCUCUUUAAACAGAGGAAAGUAAUGAAAAAAAAAUAACACCAGAGAUUGUAACAAAAAUAAAAGAGAGAGACAACAACGAAGAAAUAGUUUCUGAAAAUAGUAAUUCUGAAAUCGAUAACAAUUCAAAUGAUGUAAAUGACAGAAGUAAAAGGAAAUAAAAAGAAAAAGAGUAGAUGGCAAAAAUUAUGAAUGUAGAGAAACUUUGAGAAUUUGUUACUAAGAAAAAGAUCCAUGGGUUUAGAAAUGUCCACGUUUUUAAUAAUAAUACUAAUAAUAAUAAACGUUCAGAAUAAAUAUUAAUGUAUGGAUAAAAUUUACUUUUUAUUUAUAUACAAGCUAUAAUAUUGGUCAUAAGACUGAAAAAAAUUCCUAAGAUACAUAAAAUAGAAGAAAAUUUAAAUAAAUAAUAUAAAAGAAAAUUUUAAUAUUUAAUAUAAAAAAAAUUGUGGAACUUUUAUACUAAAUUGAGAAUGUGACCACAUGGUCGUAUGAAUAAUUCAAAUAGUUUCAUAUUUUGACCUAUGUUUCUUGGCCAAAAACGUUUAGUUUUAGUCUGCAGUAUAGUUUGUUAUCCGUUUAGAUACAUAUA